AAUAGGCUGGGACGCUGAAUGUGUUAGUGAACAACACGUGUUGAAGUUCUAAAUCAAUGAGUCACCAAAACUAACAUCGACUAAUUUCAAGCAUCAGCCAACCUGAACCACCAUGCCUAAAGUAAAAACAGAAAAAUCGUCUCGUAAUGGCAAAGGAGAAGUUUCGUGCAAAGAAGUUCAAGGCCUCCGUUUCAACACCAAUCUUGGUCAACACAUUCUAAAAAAUCCUAAAAUCGUAGAAAGCAUGGUUGAAAAAGCUGCACUACGGUCUACUGAUACAGUUCUGGAAAUUGGUCCUGGAACUGGUAACAUGACAGUCAAACUUUUGGAGAGAUCAAAACGGGUUGUGGCUUGUGAAGUUGAUCCUCGGAUGGUUGCUGAAUUACAAAAGCGUGUUCUAGGCACCUCCCUACAACCUAAGCUUCAUAUUAUGGUUGGAGAUGUCCUGAAAACAGAGUUACCCUUCUUUGAUGUCUGUGUUGCCAAUUUACCCUACCAAAUUUCUUCCCCAUUUGUUUUCAAAUUGUUGUUGCACAGACCAAUGUUUCGCUGUGCGUUGCUCAUGUUUCAGAGAGAGUUUGCUGAACGCUUGAUUGCAAAACCAGGUGACAAACUGUAUUGCAGGUUGUCUGUAAAUACUCAAUUACUUGCCAAAGUUGAUCAUGUUCUUAAGGUUGGUAAGAAUAAUUUUCGACCACCACCGAAGGUUGAAUCGAGCGUCGUAAGAAUAGAACCAAAGAACCCCGCGCCUCCCAUAAAUUUUCGCGAGUGGGAUGGUCUAGUUAGAAUUGGUUUCUUAAGGAAGAACCAAACCAUGAGUGCUCUUUUUAAGCACGCUUCCGUGGUCACAGUCCUCGAGAAAAAUUAUCGGACACACGCAUCUUUGCACAAUAUUGCGAUUCCGGAAAAUUUUAGCCUCAAGGACAAAGCUCAGUCGAUUCUCGUCGAAAGUAAAUUUGACCAAAAGCGUGCAAGGACUAUGGAUAUGGAUGACUUCAUUACAUUACUUCACGCGUUCAACAAAGAAGGAAUUCAUUUUGCCUAGUGUUAGAUAAUAAAAGAGAAUGUUGACAACUGUUCAAGAAUAUUUGACGGAGCCCUUAUCCCAGAGAGAACUUACUGUACACUCAUACUGUAAGCGGUGAAGAGUUACGGUGCACCGUUACUUCUUCAAGCUCUGCUUGCCGUCUACAGUCCUGUUCCGCUGAGACCAUUAUUCAAAAGGAAGUGAAGUUUUCUAAAUUACAGGGAGUAGUCCUUUUUCACGAUUUAUGGAAACCAAUAAUUUCAGCAGGUGCGUCUUUUUGAUUGAUUCUGUGAGUUCUAUGAACUCGAGUGUAGUUUGUUUACCUUUACUUGUUGCGUGACACAGCUACAUGUUCAGUACUAUCAAACCCGACCGAUAGCACGAGUGUUAAGAAUGA